UUCCAUUUAAUUUACCCCUAUAUUCCUCUGUAACAAGAGAAGAAAAACGAUACACAGGCGGAGGCAGAGAAGUUCAACAAUGGCGUGGAGGGGUCAGCUUUCUCGAAAUCUCAAGGAGCUUCGCAUUCUACUCUCUCCUAAUUCUCCUUCCAGCUCUUCUACUAGAGCUUUCAUUGAGAAUAAUUACAAGGAUCUGAAGACGAAAAACCCUAAGCUUCCUAUUUUGAUCCGUGAGGCCACUGGUAUCGAGCCUCAGCUUUGGGCUAGAUAUGACAUGGGCAUCGAAAGGGGAAUACGGUUGGAAGGUCUAAAUGAGCAACAGAUUUCAAAGGCACUUGAGGACCUUGCUAAAGGAGGGGCAUCUUAAAGGCUGAGGCAACUGCCAUUGGAUUUUUCCUGGACAAAUAAAACGCCAGCAAGAAGUUUCUCGGUUAAUCUUUAUUCUGGUUUCAAGGCUAGUGCCACCCUGUCUAAGUUCAUAUGUUUUAUGUUUGACUAUUUCAACCCAUGAUAAACUGUUUCCUGCAACAGGAGUUGCCUAUUUCUUGUAGCUUUUUGUGGAAUAUGAUGCACACACAAGUUUAUUUUCCAAUGGAUACCUAUCCCUGGUGUUUUAACUAUUAUUCCAUUAUCUUUCUUUACUUC